AUGAAACAACUAAAUACAGGAUUCAAUAUUGAAAAAUAAUAAAGUAUUUAGUCUAAUUAUUCAACCACUUGGAAAUCAUUCAGUUAAGAAAUAAUCGAAGAAUCUUAAAUUUCAUAAAGUGAUAUCUGUUUGGUUAUCGCUAUUGAUAAUGAAUGUUCAACAUUAUUAGCUGGAUGUUAUUUACAAAUUAAAGUAUUUGAAUUCAACUAAGGAAUCAUCAAAUAAAUUUAAACUUUAAAUGAACAUAAGAAUUGGGUACACACUUUAACCUUUAUGAAGAAAUCAAAAUAAUUUAUAUCUUGGAAGUUCAGAUAAUUCUAUAAUUAUAUGGAAAUAAAAUUAAAAUAAUUUAUGGGAUUCAUAAUUGAGAUUAAAUGGACAUAAUUUUUGGAUCUCUUGUUUAGUAAUAAAUAUAAAUGAAGAUCUAAUUAUAUCUGGGAGUAGUGACACCACUAUUAAAUUUUGGAUUAAUAAGAAUGAAUGGUUGUGUUAAUAAACGAUUACUGAUCAUUCUGGUUAUAUAUAUGAUUUAAAUUUGAAUUAAUAAUAAAAUAGAAUAGUAUCAUGUGGACAUGAUAAAGUUAUAUUAAUAAUUGAAUAAUCAGAAAAGAAUACAGAAUGGAAUGUAAUAUAAAAGAUUACAGUUGAAAAGUAUGGGUAUAGAGUAUGCUUUAUUGGUAAUAAUAUGUUCAUAUUCUCACCUUAUGCUACAGAAUAGAUAUCUGUUUUUGAGAUGAAUAAUAUCAAUAAGUAGUUUACCAAGAUUAGAGAUAUUACAGUUAAGUGUGGGCCAGAUGAUCAAUGUUUAUUUCCUUAACAAUAUGUAUACUCUGAAUGUAUUCUAUUGAGUAAGAAUGGUGAAUAUGUCAAUUUGAUUAGGAAACAAUAAAAUGGAGAGUUUCUAACUGAAUAAUCUAUUCAUUUUGGAACUACAAAUUUAUUUGGAAGAAUGAGCGAGGAUGGAAAAUAUUUGAUCACUUGGGAUAGAAAAUCAAAUAAAAUCUAAAUUAGAAAAAGUAAAGAAUUAUGA